AACGGACGGGGUUGCGUGCCGUGCUGUCGUGCGGACUGGCGGGCGGCGCGGGCGGCGGACUGCUCAGCAUGCUGUACAACAUGGCGGCCGUGCCGGGCGGGCUGGUGUCAGAGCCGGGCUACUACGCGCCCUACCCGCAACCGCCGCUGCUGGCGAAGCUGGGCGGAGAGCCGGCGCCGGCCCACAAGGAACCGGACGCCGUGAAGCUCUUCAUCGGCCAGAUCCCGCGCCAUCUGGAGGAGCGCGACCUGCGGCCCAUGUUCGAGGAGUUCGGCAGCAUCUACGAGCUGACCGUGCUCAAGGACAAAUUCACCGGCAUGCAUAAAGGUCAGUGCGCGGCGGCCGGUCGGCUGACCUGUUGA